AUGCUUUUUCUUUUCGAGACACAUAUUAAAAAGGUGGAGAUUUGCGACAACCAUCCCUCGGGGGUCCGCGUCUCAAUCCAAUGCAACGAUGUCUCCGGAUUGACCAGGAUAGACUCGAGCCUUUCGCCAGUGUCAAGGAUGGAGGGCCAAGUUAUCCCUUUGGCCUGCAACUGGCGCUGCAUGGUUCUUCGGACAAAGUUGGCUAACGAGUCGGAGGAGAAUAUUAGAUUCAGUGGCGGGCCAUCUCUUGCAUCAUCAUCCAGAGUGAACCGUGUCGAUCUUCCGGCAGAUCAACAUCCUCCCGCUUCUGAAGAAAUCCAGGCACAAUCGAUCAAGACAAUCGGAGCAGGAAUCGAGACAAAUGAAGCCGAUGAACCUGCCCUCAAUGAACUCAAAGCCUCCUUGUCACACCCGAACUCCAGCCAUCACCAAUCCACAGAGAGCUUUGAGUCUUGUGUUGCGCCAAACGAGGGUCUGAUCCCUCAAUAG